AUGGAUCAAUCAUCAGAUGUUGAAGUUGAGUCUGAAGAAGAGGCCGUAUCUGGAGAAGAAGAGGUCGAAUCCGGAGAAGAAGUAGGAUCUGAAGAAGUUGGAUCUGAAGAGCAAGAAGAGGAAGAACAAGAAGAAGAGGAACAAGAGGAAGAAGAACAAGAAGAAGAGGAACAAGAGGAAGAAGAACAAGAAGAAGAGGAGCAAGAGGAAGAAGAACAAGAAGAGGAAGAAGAACAAGAAGAGGAAGCAGAGCAGGAAGAGCAAGAAGAACAAGAAGAGGAAGAGCAAGAAGAACAAGAAGAAGAGGAACAAGAAGAGGAAGAAGGAGAAGAGGCAGAGGGUGAAGAAGAAGCUGAACCUGAAGUCAAUUCUAGCGCUGAGGCUGAGCAAGAAGAUGACCUAGAAGCCUUAAAACUCGAACACGACGAAUUAGAAGCCAAACUUGAAGACCUGCGAAACCACCCUCGACUUUCUGCCGCUCCACCCCAGCCAGCAAAUUUUCAAAAUUUCGACAAAGAAAUCGAAGCUUGCCAAGUAAAAAUUUCUGAGCUCAACCAACAAAUAGUCAAAGAAAAGGCUGAAUACCGCAAACUCCUCGUAGAAAAAGAAUACAUCCAAAGUACCAUAACUGAAGAGUAAUUUUUAUUUAGCAAAUCUGAGUUUUCUCAGUUAACCAGAAGAAUCAACGAGCUUUCAGCUGAAAACCAAAGACUAAUUGAGCAAAAAAUGAACUCAGACAAAGAAGAAGCCCAGCAGUCGUUAGAAUUAAUGAAAAAUAAAAACCCAAAGCUGUUUUUCUUGAUGACCAAAACAAUGCAGGCUGAAGAAAACAACCAGAAUUUGAAAAUUGCAAUGGCUGAGCUGACAAGGACCAGAAAUGAUAUAAGAAUGGAGUAUUAUGAUAUAGUGUUUUCCCAUGGAUGGCACUAUUUUUGCCUUGAUUUUCCCAUUAGGAAAUUUUUUGGUUUGACCAAACCAUAUGGUACUGGUCGAACCAAAAAAUUUUCCCAGUGGGAAAAUCAAGGCCAAAACAGCGCCAUCCACAGGAAAUUGCAAUAUUACCUCAAAGCUUACUUAUGAAGACCAACUGAAGUCAGGCCAAAGAUCAAUGGAACAGAAUAUAGAAGAAUAUGAAAAGAAAAAUAAAGAGCUGGAAGGAAAACUGAACCAGAGAAAAGUCCAAUUAAAAGACUUUGAAAGACUUAAAGACAGGCCACAUGUAAAAAAAUAUUUAAGAAGAUUCCAGACCUUGGAAAAAGAACACCAGUAUUUCCAAGAAAAAAUCAGAGGAAUUUAUGAUGAUUUUGACGAGUGUGAGCUAAAAAUGGGUCAGUUUAUUUUUUUAAAAAAAUGAUAAUUGGGUUAUUUUUUUAUUUGGAAAAAAAUAAUUUCGAACCUUAAAAAUGCUUGAGAAAACCAAAGGCUUGACUAAAAUGUCUGAGACAGAAAUGUGCAAGAGAUUAAGGGAAGAAAUAAGAUCAAUGGAAUCUCAAAUUAUUCAAUUGACUAAAGAGGAUAAAGAAAAGGAAAGAACACUUAAGGAAUUGAAAUUUAAUUAUGAAGAAAUUGGGAAGCAAGUUAUAGAUCGUACAUGCCUUUAGCGUGCCAUGAAGUAAAGUUCCUCUUAACAACCUGGAGCUCUGACGAGUCACCUAAAGGUGGCAAAUCGACUCCAAGUUGACAAAAGUACAGCCUUUGCCAGGAUUCGCCAAUUUGCAUUUAACUUGCCGUCUUUAGGUGACCUACCAGAACUCCAGGCUGCAAAGAGAAACUUCACUUCAAGGCACUCUAAAGGCAUCCAGUAGCUAUACUGUCUUUAGCAGAUGUGUGACACCUAUGAGUUUAUCUCAGCCAGAACAAACUCCAGCAGCUGUUAAAGAAAAGGAACCUAAGUCUCCUAAAAGAAAAAAGGUUAGUGAAGAGCAAAAACGGCAAAAAUUAGGAUAUUUAGUUAUUUCAAAAUAAUAUUUUCUAUGAAUUAUUUGUUCAAUAGAAUUAUUUUUUUCUAAAAAAAUAAAUAAAUACCAAAAUUAGUCCUUUUGAUUGAAAAAGAACUACAAGGCGGACAGCCAGAUAAAAUAUUGAAAGAACUUAAAACAAUUGGUAAACCCAAUCAAGGUGUAGCAAGCAAAAUUGUGGAAAUUAACAGAGGUGAGUUUUUAUCUCAAUAUAAGCCAGCACCAUCAUUAGGCUAA